AUUUUUCACAAAUAAUCCAUUUUUUUUACUUCGUUUGAACUUUAAUAUUUUCUGAAUUUCAAAAUGUCUGGUCGUCAAGGAGGUAAAUUAAAACCACUUAAACAAUCCAAAAAGAAAGAUAGUAAAGAUUUGGAUGAAAAUGACGCUGAGUUCAAGAAAAAACAGCAAGAAGAAGCAAAAAAACUAAAAGAAUUAAAAGAAAAAGCCAAACAAGGUGGACCUCUUGUGGGAGGUGGUAUUAAGAAGUCCGUAGUAGUUUAAUUAAAAAAAAAAAUACCUGAAGUUUGUAACCUAGAGUUUGUAAUUUAUAAUCUCGUUACUUUUUUAUUCUUUAAGAACUUCUUUUUUUAUAAAGUCUUCAAUAGUAUC